CCAGCAAUUGGAUUUGCUUUGCUUAUCAUGUUUUCCUUUGAGAAGAGAAGAAAGCGACGGCAGUUGUUAGGGACAAUAUAGUAAUUCUAAUGAUUUUCUGUGAUGGGUAUUUGCGAAUAUCCAGUGCCCUAUCUCCCUGGAGAUUCCGGUUCUAGACUCCUCUGGUCUCACUGGGGAAGGAAGAGACAUCCUUUUUAUCUCUUAAGAGAAUACCUCAACUGUCGAAUUCGAGGACUCAAUGUGCUUGCUGCUGGGUAAUCUUGAUAAAAGAACAAGAGGAUUGUUUCUUGCAUGAUGGAAGCACAAAAUCCUCAACAUGCACAAAUUAUUGGAAUAAAUGUUGAUGUUCCUGAUGGGGGGAGCAAUGUUGGGGGCAGUAAGAUAUGUGGGGAAGCACCUUGUGGAUUCUCAGAUGCUGGAGUUAACUCCAAAGAUGCCAAAGAACGAUCUGCUUCCAUGCGCAAGCUCUUGAUAGCAGUGGCACUUUGUGUAGUCUUCAUGAGUGUUGAAGUAGCUGGUGGCAUCAAAGCUAACAGUCUUGCAAUAUUGACUGAUGCUGCGCACUUGCUUUCAGAUGUUGCAGCCUUCGCUAUCUCCUUGUUCUCUUUGUGGGCAGCUGGCUGGGAAGCCACGCCCCGUCAGUCCUAUGGAUUCUUUAGGGUUGAGAUUCUAGGUGCAUUGGUUUCCAUACAGCUCAUAUGGUUGCUUGCAGGGAUUUUGGUAUAUGAAGCCAUUGCUAGGCUCAUUGAUGAUACAGGUGAUGUAAACGGCUUUGUAAUGUUUAUAGUUGCUGCAUUUGGUCUGGUGGUGAAUGUCAUCAUGGCUCUUUUGUUGGGUCAUGAUCAUGGCCAUGGCCAUGAUGAUCACAAUCAUGAGACCAGGCACAGCCUUGGGAAGAAAAUUACCACUCAUUAUCACCACCACCACCACCACCACCAUCAUGAGGAGCACUUGAAAGAUGAGCACCGUCAUCAAGAGGAGCACUCAAAAGAUGAGCACCAUCCUGUGUCUGAAGAAAAUGCUGUGCCAUUGCUGGAUAAAGGAAAAGGCAAGCAUGGGAAAAAACAAUGGAACAUAAACAUACAAGGGGCUUAUCUCCAUGUACUUGGGGAUUCCAUUCAGAGUAUUGGUGUAAUGAUUGGAGGUGCAGUCAUAUGGUAUAAGCCUGAGUGGAAGAUAGUUGACCUGAUCUGCACUUUAAUUUUUUCAGUCGUAGUUUUAGGUACGACGAUCAAAAUGCUGCGCAACAUACUUGAAGUCUUGAUGGAGAGCACUCCAAGAGAGAUAGAUGCAACAAUGCUAGAGAUGGGGCUGUUGGAAAUGGAGGAAGUGGUGGCCAUUCACGAGCUGCAUAUAUGGGCCAUCACAGUGGGCAAGGUCCUCUUGGCUUGUCAUGUUAAAAUCAGACCAGAAGCAAAUGCAGACAUGGUUCUGGACAAUGUGAUAAACUACAUCAGAAGGGAGUACAAUAUUAGUCAUGUUACCAUCCAGAUAGAGCGGUAGUGGAGGAAAUGGAUCAACUCGUAUUAUCUGGGGCCUCUUGUUUCUGAAACUUCCAGUUUUUCCAUCAUGUGGGUGGCGAUAUGUUAUCUCUGCAGUGGUAGCUUUGAGUAUUGAUCUUUAAAAGUGAUAUUUAGGUGGUAGAUAUAAAAAUGUUAUCAUUUAGACUAUUAUUUGUAUGACUGCUGCUGGUUUAUGUAAUAUAUCUUGAUCUUGCAUUACAGAA